AAUCGAGCAAUCGAGCAACCAAGCAACCAAGCAACCAAGCCUGUCGCCCCUGGAAUGGUAGUACUAUCGUGACUGUAGCUGGGCCGAAGGCUAAAUAAAUACAGGUUGCGAGCAGUUGAUCACUGUCGACGGCCCAAGGGACAACCUCUCCUUUCCAUUCUUCAUCUUUCUGAAUUUCUGUCCAUCUUCCUCGCGGGCCCAAACAGAUCGUUUCCAGACCCCGAGUGUGUACCACCAGGCCUCCUUCUAUUCAACUGAGUUCAGCCCUACAUCUGAUAUUCAACGUAUUUCCUCUUGCAUGGUCUGAGCCAGGAUGGAUGCUGCUGUUAGCACUGGCAACACCGCCAGCAAAAAGUCGGCCGUGAAACUCAUACCCAAAAAGCUUGGUGUCAGAGGUCGUUGGAGGAAGCCCCCUUCAAACGAAAGCUUCGGUUCAUUCAUGAGCACCGAAAACGAGGAAGAUCCUAGCAUGCCCGACAGCGAACGCGGGGGGUCUGGACCCGGCUCCCUGUCCACUCAUCCCACACAGUCCAAUACCGGCGACGGUGACAACGCUGAUGAUGCAGAGAGCACCGACUUUGACGCCACGCAGGAUAUAGAGCAUGGAGUGCGGCCUGCUGUGCCUUCUACUCAUCCAUCCCAGAUUGGUCAUUUGACAACCUCGUCGCCCAUCAUUCAGGCCAGUCAUCUUCCAGAGGUCCAGGCUUUGGACCAGCAAGAGACCCUGGAGAGUCUCUCGCGAGCUGCAUCCUUCUCCGCUGCCUCCAGUGAACAAUCUCUCGACAAACCUCGUGCAUUAUCUACAAGCAAAACUAGCCUUUAUCCUCCUUCCGACUCGUCCUCUCGCCGCUCAAGAUCACCCGCUGGAAGGAUCAAAGACGCCUUUCGGGGAAAGAGGGGAGCAGGUGCUUCACCAACCGCUGCAGGGCAGAACGGCGAUCACCAGGGGCAAGAAAUACCGGUUGGCUUACACUCUCGGCCGAGCUCAGCAGUUUCUUCGCAGUCCGAUACCUAUGAACCCGAUUUAACGUCUCGUGGAUCACGCCGCAGGCGCAAGAGCCAACCGCCUCUUGAGAUAUCGGUUCGUCCGCGCACUCCCCCGGCCUCCAAUUCCCCGGGUCCUGCUAUCGUCAACACCCCGCCGACUCCAGUUGAAUAUUCUCCUCCAAAAAGCAGAAGUUCCCCAUUCCGCAAUCCCAAUGUGGUGGUUUCUCCAUCAGGUAACAUGAUAUCACAUAGGAGAGCGAGAUCAGGUUCAGCUACGAGCAUCGGCCCGAGCAAACUUUCUAAUAUCGUAUCCGCGCCGCUGACUCCCACACCAGAAAACGCAGUGCCAUCUACACCAGGCGCUGGUUUUUUUUCUAGCAUGUUCUCUGCAGCACAAAAUGCUGCUAACACAUUGAGCAGCACCAUCACCAAUACUAGUAUAAAUCCUGGCGGGAAUAGACCGAAAUCGAAUAGUUCAAAGGAAAUGCAACCCGCCGAUGACGAUAGAGUUGAGGUCGAAUCACCGGCAGAAGAAGUUAAGAAUUCGAAUACAAAUGACAAGGAACCUGCCGUUAAGACUUUGGGUAUGGGUGACCUGAGCCUGAGCCAGCUGGGUUUUCAGGAGACCGUAAGCGCAGCGCCUACUCCGACAUCUUCUAGGUUCACCAAGUCUGCCACCGAACAACGAGCACGCUCAGAAUCGGCACCGGUAGACCAUGAGCAUGUAUCUGCUAAUGGCGACGGUCCGUCUGAUGAAUUAAGCCAGGAUCGGCCCAGGUCGCUGUACGACGAUGCCCACACAACGCCGCCAGCAAGUGUCUACGAGGAUGGAGGUGUCCAGCGUACUUCUAGCAUACGCAGCGCCAUCUCUAAGACGAGGAGGCGCAAGCGAGGUAGUACAGGAGGUACAGCGGGCACUGGAACCACCAUUGGUGCCGCCAUUGCCGCAGCUAAUGCUUCGGUGGCUCAUCCCGCGGCUGCUGGUAGCGCCCCUAAGCUUACAGGAUUCGCUGUCGCGAGUAAGAAACGCAAUCGAGACUUUCAUGUCUUGUUCAAAAGCGUCCCGGACGAUGAUUAUCUGAUCGAAGACUAUAGCUGUGCUCUGCAACGAGAGAUUCUUGCACAUGGGAGGCUAUACGUAUCUGAAGGGCAUAUAUGCUUCAGUAGCAAUAUCCUGGGAUGGGUCACUACAUUGGUUAUGUCUUUCGACGAAAUCGUAUCAGUAGAAAAGAGAAGCACAGCCCUGGUGUUCAAAAAUGGUCUUAUGAUAUCAACCUUACAUGCGAAACAUGUGUUUGCAAGUUUCACAAGCCGCGAUUCCACUUAUGAUUUAAUAGUCAACAUUUGGAAACUCGGCCAUCCGACUCUACGUAGCUCACUCAACGGCGUCUCUCUCGAUGAAACAGGUGGCGACAAGACGGAAAAAGUCGACGCUGGAGAAGGCACCCCAAGGAGUCAGAGCGGUUCCGAAUCUGAAGAGGACGAUAGCGAAGACGACGAUGAUGUGUAUGAUGAGGAUCUGGAGGAAGAUGACGCCCCCGCAGAAUCUCAGCCAACUGAAACCAAUGGGGAGAAAGCCGUGUCAAGGAAAGUUUCAAGUGCUAUGGCACCCAAUGGGGUUGCUGUAGACAAGCCCGAUGCAACAGCAUCGUCCGGCACUGUUGAUUUCCCCGGACCAGCCACUCACGGGCCGACUGAGUGUAGCGAUUCAGCAGAUGGUCAUUUUGAAGUCCCAAUUGCGGAUGAUACCAUCACUGCGCCCUUGGGCAGAGUUUACAAUCUCAUUUUUGGACCUACAUCCGUCACAUGGAUGUCGAAGUGGCUGACUACUGAGCAAAAGUGCACUGAUCUUCAGAUGGAGGAUAAAAAGGGUCUAACCGCUGACAAUAAGAGUCGGUCUUACUCGUACACCAAACCUCUAUAUGCUCCUAUAGGACCGAAGCAAACCAAGUGUAUUGUUAGCGAGACGAUCGAACACUUUGACUUGGAAAAGGCGGUCAGCGUAUUGGUCACCACGCAAACGCCCGAUGUGCCUAGCGGCAAUCUGUUUACUGUAAAAACCAAAUACUGCCUCUCCUGGGCGGAAAACAACGCAACUCGUGUGACAAUGAACUGUACUAUUGAAUGGACUGGUAAGAGUUGGCUCAAAGGCGCCAUUGAGAAAGGUGCUAAAGACGGUCAAGGUGUAUUCUGGAAAGACCUGUCUGCGAGUUUGAAAAGUGCUAUAUCUUCUCGGCCCCGUGCGGCAACUCUCAACGGGACUACCAAGGGCAAGAAGAAGAAGGUGAAGGGCAAGUUGAACCACGCUUCCAAAGACUCUCUCAGAAACCCAGCCGACUCGACGUCCCCGAAGACUCAGGACUGGGGUCUACUCGAGUCUCUGCAUGGGGUUCUAGGACCUAUCGUAGAUAUACUUAAACCAGUCAUGACCGGCAAUGUGGUAUACGGCCUGCUGGUUGGACUAUUAGUUUCGACGUGGUUCGGCUUCGGUUUCAACAGCCAGCAGCGAGGUGUUGGCUAUGGACGGGGUGUGGCAUUUUCUAGUUACCCUGAUCGAGCCGUGGCAUAUGAGGAGAUAUGGAGGCGAGAAGAAAGUGAGCUAUGGGACUGGCUGGAAGAAAGAGUAGGUCUUCACCGGAUGAAUGAUGGUGGAACACCGAUUCGCAAACGAGUUACCGAACCCCGAACGAUACAAGAAAAGCUACAAGAGGAGCGCAUGAGCGAGAGGGAGGUGGAAGAAGCGAUAAAAAUUACAGAAGAAAAACUGGACGUUCUCAAAUCCGUCAUUAGCCGCAAGAAGGACAUCCCCAAGACCAAGUCUGAAGGGGAGGGGAACUCGAUUGCCGAUACUGUAGCCGAAAGGUGACAAAAAAAGUUUUUUAUGUCCACGGGGAAACAUCACAACACACCCAUUAUCAUCAUUAAACCUGCAAUAACUAACCAUACGACGCCACGACGAAGCAUUUGUUGGGUACAUCUUUAACUUGUAUAUUACACGCUACAAAUGAUCUUGUGGUAACUUAGCACCACCGACUCGCGCGUUUCUCACGUAAAUAUCCAAUCACGCCCAUA